AUGUCGGUCUUCAAACAUGGAUCAACCGUCAAUGCUUCCCAUAUGGACUUUGGAGAAGUCUUCGAAGAAGUUCGAACCUGGAUUCGGAUAGCUGGGUCGACCAGAGCGGAUCGAGGGAGCGAUAGCUGCGAGUUGCGAGGGAGCGUUGUUGGAAAUGUAGGCAGGAAUCCAACAGGAAUCCCGGGAGGAUCUUUAAUAUCCAUCUUGCAUAUGUGCCACAGAGUACACGACCUUCGUGGACCAUCCCUCAUUUACCAGAGAUCGGGCUGA